UCAGGGAGCAUAAGGAGACGUCCAUUUGGACAUCACCAUGGCCUCCUUCGUCCAGGCUGUUAUGCGCUUGAUAGGCACCCAGUCUAACCAAGCACACGCGCAUGUGCCGGACCAGAGAAGGUGUGUUGACGAGGAACAAGGAGACGGGACAAAGGCGGCUUCACUUGCCAUAUCGUCGACACUGGGUGCUUAUACCUUGCCGCAGCCGCACCUGAGCCAUGUUCAGAGCACGAAUCACUUCGUCCCCAGCGAUGAUCUGACCCUGUUUCGCUUGAUGGUCGGCAUCAACACCUCUCCGGACCUUGCCCAAACACGAGUUCGCCCAGCCGAAAACAUCGGGCUCUACGCUCGCGUCGUGAACUCGGAACAGAAGGCAAAGGACAGCUACAAAGUCAUGUCGGCUGUCAUCAACGCGUGUUAUGGUGCCCAGAUCAUAGUCGCUGCGGCCCUGACCUCCCUCGGUGCCGCCAACGCAGACAACAAGGCUAUUACGGCCUUCGGAGCUAUCAAUACUAUCAUCGCCGGCUUCCUUACCUACCUGAAGGGAUCUGGCUUGCCCGGUCGCCUCAAGUACUUUGGCAACGAGUGGAAGAAGGUCCGAGAGUUCAUCGAGCAGCGGGAGCGCGACUUUUCCUACGAAGGUUGCACCCUGGACGUGUACGAGGUUGUCAAAACCGUCCGGGAAAUGUACGAGAAAACGAAGCGCGACAUCGAGCUGAACACACCCGAGAGUUACAAUUCGGUGAGCAGCAUGCGGAACAUAGGCAUGGGCGGGCCGGCCCACGGCGUCCAAGUGCCGGGAGUGCACGUCGACCCGACCAAGGCCGAAGAGAUUGCGAGCAAACUGCGAAGCCUGGAAGAAACCAUCAAACAGUUGAGAGCCCGGGCCCAAAAGACGGCUCACGACGUGCACGGCGAAACGAUGGACACCAAGAGUCGCGUCGAGCAGACUGCCCAUGAAGUCCAUGAUGCAGCCGCGCAUACCAUCUACGACGAGGAGAAGCGGGCGACGGCAGAGCUUCGCCACCUUGGGAAAUCGGUUAUGGAAGGACUCGACGAUUACCGAGACCGCCGGACUCGCGACCUUUCUCAGAUAGCUGCCCAGGCCUCUCCCGGUCUAGACGUUUCUGUCAGGGUCUCGCCUGGCCAAGAGGACAAGAAGAAUGACGAGAAGCACCUCUGAGACUAGGCUACUUGCCUCUGGCUAUGCAGAGAAAACGAGAGAACCUAGGGACAUACUGCAACGAGACCUAAGCCAAUGUAAAAGGUUUGGUUGUCUGGGGACUCUAGCCAUUGAUACUAGUAGUACUUAGCCAACUUGUCUGAUAAGUACUAGUAAUGGAUAUAAUUCGGGACCAUUGUCCGGUGGCUUAAGGGGGGGAAUCAAUCAUAACCAGAUGAUUUCCAGUUUAAACCUGUAGGCAUCAAGGUGAGGAAGUGAACUUGAACUGGAUGAUGUACUGUACAGCACAUACAAUAAGAGGACAUAGUGGAUACAGCACC